GAGGAGGGGGAGGAGGAGGAGACUCGCCCGGCAGCGCCCCGGCCCGCGCGGGCUCCCCGCACCGCCGCCGCGCUGACACCGGUUCGGCAGCUCCGGCUCUUCUUCCGGAACUGUUCCUGCCUUGCUGGCGCUGGAUCCAGGCUUUAACCCUUGCUGGAGCUGUUGGGGUGCAGCUGGGUCCUCCCAGCACAGCACCAGGGAUGGUCUUGGAGGCCUGCAGAUGACAUCAUCCAGAUGACCUCAUGUGGAUGACAUGUAGACGUUGCUGCCUCCAGUGUGCUGACAGAGGUGCCCUGGGCCAGCCUGGUGCCUGCUGCAGUGCCAAGGUGGAACAAGGUCCCUGGGCGGAGGUGCUGCUCCGAUGGUGAUGGCCAUGCCCUAGGGGAGACCUGCCAUGAGCCAAAGUGGGGCCUCGCGCCUGGCCGGCUCCCCGCCACUGCCAGGGGGCUCACUGCUGGCCCUGCUGGCCCCCGAGCCCUCCCCAUCCCCCCCCAGUGGGACACCCUCGCCCGGUCCCCCCCCAGCAUUGCUGGAAGGGGACUGGGAAGGGCGGGAGGAGCUGCGGCUGCGGGAGCUGGAGGAGGCGCGGGCGCGGGCGGCCCAGAUGGAGAAGACAAUGCGAUGGUGGUCAGACUGCACGGCUAACUGGCGGGAGAAAUGGAGCAAGGUGCGGGCCGAGCGCAACCGGGCCCGCGAGGAGGUGCGGCAGCUGCGGCAUCGCCUGGAGGCCCUCACCAAGGAGCUGGCUGGUCUGCGCCGCGACCGCGACCGGCUGGAGGAGCGCCCACCACCCGCCCACCCGCCGGCACGGCUCCAUGGCCGGCCCACCGCCAGCAGCCCACCCGACGCUGACGGGGUGGAGGGAGAGGCUGACCCUGAGCAUGAGCCAGUGCGGGAUGUGGGGGCUGAGGCACCCCAAAAAGCCAAGAGUCUGGUGGAGGAUCGCCUGCGUGGCAGUCGCGGCGAGGAGCUGGAGCUGAUGGAAAAUAUCUUGACAAGCAAGCAGGAUGAGAGCUGGGAGCAGCGGGGCCCCCGGGCCUCCUUUGCCCGCCAGGAACGGAGCCGCCUCCUCUGGGAGGACGUCAGUGUCAUGGAGGAGGAUGCCACCAAAGUCACCGCCCUGAAGCUGAGGCUGGAUGAGUCCCAAAAAGUGCUGCUCAAGGAGCGGGAGGACAAGCUGGCACUCAGCAAGAACAUUGAGAAGCUGGAGGGCGAGCUCAGCCAGUGGAAGAUCAAGUAUGAGGAGCUCAACAAGAACAAGCAGGAGGUGAUGAAGCAGCUCAACAUUCUGAAGGAGAUCCACCAGGAUGAGCUGGGGCGCAUCUCCGAGGACUUGGAGGAUGAGCUGGGUGCUCGCUCCAGCAUGGACAAGAAACUGGCCGAACUGCGUGUGGAGAUGGAGCGGCUGCAGGCGGAGAACGCGGCCGAGUGGGGCCGGCGGGAGCGACUGGAGACAGAGAAGCUCAACCUGGAGCGGGAAAACAAGAAGCUGCGGGCGCAGAUCGAGGACCUGGAGGAGGUGCUGGCUCGCAAGCGGCGCCAGACGGCCAGCGCCCUGGACGCGGACCUCAAAACCAUCCAGGCUGAGCUCUUUGAGAAGAACAAGGAGCUGGCUGACCUGAAGCAUAUCCACGCCAAGCUGAAGAAGCAGUACCAGGAGAAGAUGGCUGAGCUGGCCCAUGCCAACCGCCGCGUGGAACAACAUGAGGGCGAAGUGAAGAAGCUGCGCCUGAGGGUGGAGGAGCUGAAGAAGGAGCUGGCUCAAGCCGAGGACGAGCCCCAUCCCAUCCUGCAGCUGGAUGAGGCCCACAACCAGACACGAAAGCUGCAGCGGUCGCUGGACGAGCAGACAGAGCAAAGCGAGAGCUUCCAGGUGCAGCUGGAGCAUCUGCAGUCCCGGCUGCGGCGGCAGCAGAGCACCCCGCUCUUCGGCAAGAUGCGCAGCGCCCGCUUCGGCCCUGAUGAUGCUGGGGAUGGCACCAGCGACCCCGAUGAGGAUGAGGACUUGCAGAUCCAAGUGCCCUAGAGCCCAGGGCCAGGUGCCACCGCUGCGGGGACAUCGCAUGGCCCGGCCUUGCAGUGACCCUCGUAUAGAUGGGGAAACUGAGACAUGGAGCGGCAGGAAUGAACUUGCCCAGGGAUGCUCCAAGCCCACUGCCUCUCAGACGGUAUCCGAUGCACCUCGGCCACCAGCAUUUCCUGGGACACAGAUGUGGCCACCCAAGCCAGUAUCACUGAGCAGCCCAGGAGGAGGAAGCACAGGGCAGAGAGGGGCACUGACCCCUGCAGCUAGUCACGCUCUGCUGCCCACAUUUUUAUAGAUAUAUAUAUAUGUAUGUAUUUGUAUAUGAUUUUUUUAAUUAUAAAUACAGAGCCCAGAGGGGCCCAGCCUCUG